AAAAUGUGUGAUUGGUCCGAGCUUGACCGUGAUCUUCUGGUUCUAGUUGUUAAGCGUGUUAAUUUGAUUGAAGAUUAUCUUAGUUUUGGUACUGUCUGCAAAUCCUGGCACUCUGUGGCCACAAAGGAUAAUUUUAAUAGCGAUUUGCCUAGGGUUCCAUGGCUAAUGCUAGCCGAGGAAGAGGAUGAUGACACAUGUAGGAAAUUCUUCAGUCUAGAAAAUGGGAUGAUUCUGAAAAAGAGUAUCCCUGGAGCUAGGGGAAAAAGGUGUGUUGAGUCAAUGGGAUGGCUUGUAACAGCCCCAAUAGGCCAGAAUGAAUUCACUCUGUUGCAUCCAUUUUCUGGUGUUGAAAUCCAGCUGCCAGAUCAAAUUCUAUACCCAAAGCAACAUCCGAGAAAUAAUGAAUAUUUUGGACCCGUCACUUUCCCACCAGCGAUCCCUAUCCAUAAAGCAGUUUUGUCAGCUAAUCCUUCUCAUACAUCUGACUACAUUCUAAUGGUCAUUCAGGGAGACUUCAGUUUCCUCAAUCUAUGGAGACCAGGUGAUUUGUCAUGGACCAGACUAUCGGCCUACAAUGGACAAAUUCUUGAUGUAGUAUAUUUCAAUGGCAAAUUUUAUGCAGUCGAUUAUAAGGGUUGUAUCUAUGUUUGUGAUGUCUCUGGCUCUGAAAUCGGUGAAAAUCAUCCCAUAGCGCAGCUAAAUCAACGUAUUGAUGGUAUUUAUUACAUCCUAGAAUCACUAGGAUCGUUAUUUGUAGUUGUGCAACAAUUUGUUGGUUUAUCGUACAAGUACGUCUCAGAUGAGGGGAUUCCACUGUCUCCCAUCCUAGGUGAAAAUGAUGAAGAGGAGACUGUCUCCAACACUUACAGGACAAAAAAAUUUCUAGUUUACAAGAUUGAUUUAGAUGCUUGCGAAGCUACGCCAACGAAGGAUUUAGGGAACAGAGCUUUUUUCCUGGGUCAUAAUUCUUCUAUUUCGGUUCAAGCUUCUCAAUUUCCAGGAAUCAAGCCCAAUCAUAUUUAUUUUACAGAUAAUUGUUUGUGUUUAUACCUCCAUCUUCGAGGAGGAUGCGGCUUGGACAUGGGGGUGUUCAACUUAGCAGAUGAAAGUAUCCAGCCACAUUAUGAUGGUGUUUCCCUCAGUCGUGUUUGUCCUCCAAUUUGGGUCACACCAAAUCCGUGUUGA